AGAUAUACCUCAUCUUCUGAAUUCUUGAGAUAUGAACAAUGACCAUAGUUAACAAGCCAAAAUCCUCAAAAUCUAAAAAGUCAUCAUCCAGACGGUCUGGCAAAUCAAAGAAACCCCGUACUAAAAAAAUGAAGUCACGCACCGCCAAUUGGGGUCGGGUACCACCUUCAGAAGAUCAAAAACAAGUCUCCGUGAACCAAGGACCUGGAGGUGCUAUUUAUUGUAGAUCGUCUGAAAAAUCUAAACCUUUUGCCCAAAGAGAUCUAGUCGUUAAUGAUGGAAUUGCUCCACCUCAGAGAAUUCUUUUUCCACCUGAGAAGAUUUGUAUGGAUUGGCAGCAAACACAAAGUGUUGGAGUGGGACUUUACAAUCUUGGCAAUACCUGUUUUGUCAAUUCUGCUCUACAGUGUUUGACUUACACCCCGCCUCUUGCCAAUUAUAUGCUUUCUCUUGAACACACCCAAUCAUGUCGCGAGCAAGGCUUCUGCAUGAUGUGCACAAUGGAAACUCAUAUUAAUCAGGUCUUUUGUUGCUCUGUUGAGGCCAUCAAACCUACACCUGUCAUCAAUGACCUUAGAAGAAUAGGAAAACAGUUCCGUUUUGGCAGUCAGGAAGACGCGCAUGAGUUUUUACGUCACACUGUUGAUGCCAUGCAGAAAGCCUGUUUGAAUGGUAGCACCAAGUUAGACAGAUCUUCUCAAGCUACGACAGUAAUUCAUCAGAUUUUUGGCGGAUUUCUAAGAUCCAGAGUAAAGUGCUUGAACUGCAAAGCAGUUUCGGACACCUAUGAGGCAUUCCUUGAUAUUGCUUUGGAUAUUAAGGCAGCUUCAUCUGUCACCAGAGCUCUAGAACAAUUUGUGAAGCCCGAACAGCUGGACGGUGAAAAUUGCUAUAAAUGUAGCAAGUGUAAGAAGAUGGUUCCUGCAUCAAAAAGGUUUACAAUACAUCGUUCUUCCAAUGUUCUUACAAUAUCCCUCAAAAGAUUUGCAAAUUUCACCGGUGGAAAGAUCAGCAAGGAGGUAAAAUAUCCUGAAUAUUUGGAUCUUCGAGCCUACAUGUCUCAGUCCAUCGGGGAACCACUGCUCUAUGCCUUAUAUGCAGUCCUAGUACAUAGUGGUGUUAAUUGUCAUGCGGGGCACUAUUUUUGCUACAUAAAGGCUGCUAACGGACUUUGGUACCACAUGAAUGAUGCUUCUGUAGUUCUUUGUGAUAUAAAAACAGUUCUCAGUCAACAAGCAUAUAUGCUUUUUUAUAUCAGGCGCUAUGAUUUGACGCUUGGAGAACGCGCUUUUUACUUACCCGCACCGUCGUAUCCCCGCUCAUUCCUCGGUCAGCGGGGGGCUAAUAAUAAGCAGACUGGAUUUAUGGGACCACGGCUUCCUCCUCACAUGAUUAAGAAUUCAAGUAGGUUAAACGGAAAUGGAACUCUAAAAGAAGAUCCCAACACCAUUGGUGUCACCCUGAAAAGGCCAUCGUCAGCUCCACCAACAGCUUGUGUUCAAAACUGGGCAAUUACGAGGCCUUCAAUUACUGAUCCAUCAAAAAAACAGAAGAUUACUAUCAGUAUUCAUAACAAAUUGCCUGCCCGUCAGACUGUGUCUCAGCCUGACGCUCUUAGCAGUGCUGUUGAGGAGGAGGAUCUCAGCAAGCCUGUUCCUUCCUCCACAAUUACAAAUUCUUCUGCAGCAGAGUCUACCUCAAAUGCAUCUACAAUGUCAGUUGCUACUAAUGUUUCCAAACAAGAAGUUCCCGAUGAAAUUUUUGUCGAGCCAGCAGUGAAUGGAAAUCCUAAACUCAGCUCUGAUAACACAGUCCCUUACGGUGCAGAAUCUUCAGGAAAAUCUGAGGAGGAGUCGAAGGGCUUAUUUAAAAGGAAUUGCAGUGUAGUAUCUUCUAAUGGAAUUUUGAUUGGAAAGGUAGUCCGUACAUUGCAGAAUUCCCAUUCUUCCUGUCAGAAUGCUGAAGAAGAAAGACCCCAGCAUGAGCUGCCAAAAAAUGAUUCAUUAAAUGGUGCUAUUAGUUUAGAUAAUGAAUCUAAAGAAAAUGGACUGAAACUUGACGAUUCCACUUGCCAAGUACAACCUGUUAAACCUUCAGAGAUUUUCUUUUCUAAAACAAAUGGAUUGCUUGAAACAAUGCCUGUAGCUUUGCCUCCGGUUCCUCAAGAAAUAAUCUUAGAAUCCCUCACAUACAGCCAGUUGAACAGCUUGUCAGAGGAAAUAAGUGUCCCUGGACCUCAGAAAUCUUUAGAGAAUGAUGCUCUUAUGGAAACUGUUGUGAUGGAAGCACUCUUUGUCUACGAAGAGUCCAGGAAGGUUCCUUCUGACUUUAGCUGUGAGGUCGAGAAUCUUUUUGUUCAAUCAGAUUCUGAAACCGUUGCUACCAAAGAAGAAGUUGCUGAAAGUAUUGUAUCAAAAGCUGAUAAUGCACAUCCCAAUAUCAAUGGCCAGCACAAGGUCAGGAAAAGAUCCUUGGAUGCUGAAGAUGAAUUCCUUGGGCAGUGUGUGUCUGAAGACAGUGCAGACAAAGACAAACCAAGAAGAUCAAAAGAAUCUGAACUCAUUUCUAAAGAAAAUCCUUUGUACAUCAAAGGGUCUCCUGAGACGGAAGAGAAAUUAGGGCAAACUUCCUCUAUAAAGUCUGACAUUGAAUGUAAUUCUAAAAAACUUGCAUCUGUAGAUGUUACAGAUAAAGGCCAAGAAUCAAAGGAUGUUUCUAAUAACUAUAUAGAAGUACCACCUGUCAAUGACUCUUCAAUUACGAAGCUGGAUAAAGUUUUGGAGAGUCAAUUUUCUAGAGACAGUGAGGGGCUGAGUAGUAAAAAAUGUGAAGAAUAUAAGCAUAGGAAAAAAUAUAAGAAAAAAAUAUACGACUCUAAGAAAAAUGACAAAGAGCACUACCGAAGGAAGAGAGAACACUCUGACACAGAGGAGAGAGAGAAGCAAAACAGAAGCAAAACAGAUGGUCACACUCACAAGCGGAGAUGCUCUCGCAGCAUGGAAACAAAUAAGCAAAACCGUCACAAGCAAGAAUAUUGCAAUGGUAGCAAGUACAGAUCUUCUCACAAUGACAGAAGCAGCCCCGAUAAUGGCAGAAGCUCAGGAAAGUAUCCUCGGUACAGAUCGCGAAGCAGAGGGAGGACAGAACAAGACAGAAGCAGGUAUUAUCAUUCCAAAGGAGAGCGAACUUGGAGCAGAGAAAGAUACUAUCAGGAUGAACCACGGAGAUGGGAAAAGUGUAGAUACUACAAUGAUUACUAUUCCUCUUAUGGAACAAGAGAUGGUAGAGAGAGAAAGUUCUCUCACUGUGAUAAAGACUUUGACAAAUCGAGUCAAGCUUACAACAACAGGUCACAUAAGGAUUAUCAUUACAAAAGCAGAUGGCUGCACAAUUCACUCUCUCGAGAGGAAGAUGUGCAUCACUUCAGCAGUCACAGAGCAGAUAUGCAUCAUUUUUCAGUACCUCAGCAACAGUCCGAAAAAUACCCUCGCGAAAGGCACAUGCUUCCACCUAUGUCAGCUCAUUCAAAUUUUGAGGACUCCUCCCACAGCGAUGAAAAAGAAAGAAACAGAAAAAGAAAAUAUUCCCGUGCAGAGGACAGCGAAAGCGAAACAGAAAAGAAACAUAGAAAGGUAGAAAAAGAGCGAUCAGAUUCAGGUGAUCAAAAAUUGAAAAAAUACAAGAAAGUCAAGAAGAAAAAGAAGUCCAAAGAUAAACAUCGAGAGAAGGAUUACAAACUUUAUGAUUCGGAUUUCUCUGUGCUCCACUUUGACAAUGACAAUCGCAAACGUAAGAAAAAGAAGAAAAAGAAGAAGCACAUCAGGAAACUGAAAGGCUUCUUGGAAUACUUAGAUCCUCGUUUCCAGAAAAAAACACGGGAGAAGAAGGAAGAAUCCCGUCCUCCAGAUGACUAUUUAUGUGAGCAAUACAGAAACCAGGGCAGUAAACAACCCUACAAGGAAGGGAAGCCUUCCAAUGCUGGUGAAAGCAAGAAAUACAGUUCCGUCGCACCCAGCGACUAUGUGAGAGAUAACUGAAGUAAGCCCUGAAGAAGACAGCUCACUAUCCAAAGGCAAGUUAUAUUCUUAGAUUUGCUAUGUUUUAUCCCUAGCCAGAAUUUAAUGAUUGGCUUAACCAUCAGUGA